CCGGCCCAGAUCGCCUACUUCCAAUCCAAAACCCCGUCCGUCCACGGCAUCUCGCCAUUGCCGGAAAAAGAAACUUCACUCCAGGGUCCGCACCUUCCGCCUCUAGCCGCCGCCCGCCAACACCACCGACGGCCGAUUUCUCCCCAGCUAGGUUCUCUUUGGAUAUAUUUGCUAUGAAGUUCUUGGAAUACACUCCACUUGAUCAUAUAAGUGACUUCUUGAGUCAUGUGAAUCUAGGAGAGCGCACGGUUAAGGGAUCUCUUGAAGCUUACUCUUGCAAACACACAGGGACUGAUAAGAAGCUGUCUCUCAGCUUGGAAAAUGAGAUUCUAGAUUACCUUGGAAAGUCUUCUGACUCUGACUCAUCUUCACCGAUUGAUUAUCUAUGUUGUAGAUCCAGCCGAAAGACAUUGAUUUAUCUGCUCCUUACACUCAACCACAUCUAUCCCGAUCAUGACUUCAGUGCAGUGAAUUGCCAACAAUUUUUUACGGAAGAAAACUGGGAUAGUUUUAAGCAGACAUUUGAUACUUACAUGUUUGAGGCAUCCAAGGAAUGGUUUGAGACAAACGAGGACAGUCCUCUGUUGGAGACCUUGUACAAGGCUUUGGAUGAGGUUGUGAAAAUCUCCGAAUGUGAAAUUUAUAGUUACAAUCCAGAGGCUGAUGCAGAUCCUUAUCAUGAAAAGGGAACCUUAUGGGCGUACCACUUCUUCUUCUACAACAGGAGGUUGAAACGCGUUGUCAGUUUUCGCUUCAACUGUGUGAGCAACUUGGCCUUGGCUGAUAAAUUGAAUGAUGAUGAAGAAGAUGGAUACACAUUCUUGGAUGGCAUGGACAUGUGAUGAUGAUGAUGAUGAUGCAACCAUAUAUGAUGUGAAGCUGUGUGCAUAUUUCAUCAGUCACUAGUAAAUGGAUUUCACUGCUGAUUUUUAGUUACCCUUUUCAAAUCAUACACUCUCUACUUCUGUUAAUAUAUGUUUGUGUAAUGGUCCUGUAUGAAGAAGAUUAUCAACAAGAACUUGUGAUUACUACUAGAUUACUCUACUAACUAUGUUGCCUUUAUACUGAGAUUACUAU